AUGGCUGAACCAUCACCAUUACCAUUCAUAUACCAGUUUGCAGCUGGAGCUAUUGCAGGAGUUUCUGAGAUUCUUGUUAUGUACCCUUUAGAUGUUGUCAAAACCAGACAACAAUUGGACUCCACAAACGCGACUAAAGGUACCAUCAACUGUUUUAAAACAAUUGUUAGAGAGGAAGGCUUUUCGCGCUUGUAUAAAGGUAUUACUGCUCCUAUUUUGAUGGAAGCACCAAAGAGGGCAACAAAAUUUGCUGCAAAUGACGAAUGGGGUAAAUUUUACAAGAACUUUUUCGGUGUUUCGUCCAUGACUCAACCAUUAGCUAUUCUUACAGGUGCUACUGCUGGUGCCACUGAGUCAUUUGUUGUUGUUCCAUUUGAAUUGGUCAAGAUUAGAUUACAAGACAAAACUACCAAGUUCAAUGGUAUGGGCGAGGUGAUUAAAGAUAUUAUCCAAAAGAAUGGUGUCUUGGGUUUGUACAAAGGUCUUGAGCUGACAAUGUGGAGACACAUUUGGUGGAAUGCAGGUUAUUUCGGAUGUAUCCAUCAAGUCAAGUCAUUGAUGCCAAAACCAAAGGAUAACACACAAAAGAUCUUGUUUGAUUUGACAUCUGGUACAAUUGGAGGUACUUUUGGUACAAUUUUGAACACGCCAUUCGAUGUCGUCAAGUCUAGAAUUCAAGCUGGCUCUUCGAGAUACAGAUGGACCUAUCCUUCAUUGGCCAUGGUUUACAAGGAAGAAGGAUUCGGUGCAUUGUAUAAAGGUUUUAUUCCAAAAGUUUUGAGAUUGGGUCCAGGUGGGGGUAUAUUGUUAGUUGUAUUCACUGCAUGUAUGGACUUUUUCAGGAAAUUCCACGAAAAGGCCUAG